CUUCGGCGGAUCCCCUGGAAAUCUUAAUGCCGUAAUCCAAUACUUACUUAACCAUUCCUGCGUGUGUUUAGUUGGGGAAUACCCUUAUGGAAAGGGGAAUAUAUGGAUUUCAACAAGCUUCGUUUAUACCGUGCCAGUAAGCUCUCAUUGGAGGUUUCAUGCAACAAAUUAUGUUGCUUCUGCGGCGACACUACAAGUGUUUUAUGCAGUACAGCAAGCCGGAAGUAAUCAAAGUGGAAAUUACAUAGAUAGGCAUGCAAUCGAAGUAGACUUUACAGGGGGAAACCAUCUUUAUUUCAAUAGGAGAAACUAUAUAUAGAAGGGCAUGAGCAUGGCAAGUCCUAUUGAGCUAACGCAGAUGCAACUUUACAAAGUAGCAGAAAAGGUCAACCCUGAUGAUUGGCUUAGCCUUGGGAUUCGUCUUGGUUUCGUGUAUAAUGAAAUCCUGGUCUGGAAAGAAGAAUAUAAAGGGGAUAUCAAGAAUGGGAUUUUCAAUAUGUUGCGCACCUGGCUUGGUAUGUAUCCUAACUUUACCCAACCGGACGCCAGGAAGUUUUUGAUUGACCAAUUCAAAGAAAUGGAACGGAUGGAUCUGGCGUACUUGCUUACCAAAACAGAAGUCGGUUUCGUACCACCCCAUAAAGUUGCAGUCAUUGGUUCAUCGAGACAAUUCGAGUACGAGGUCAGGACUUAUCAGCAAGAAAAAGAACUUUCAUUCAGGGUGUCCAUGCAUUCGAGCGAAGGACAGGUACCGCUCUCCCUGAUCUUAGACUGCCUAACCGAACCUAACGAGUUUGCCAUCAGGCUGUGUACAUGCAUCCAUAUACUCGGACUAAGACUCAUCCGGAUGCAACUGCCCGACGAUGGUACCGGAAGUAUAAAGGUCACGGUCGCUUCGAUUGAUGAAGAUGGCGUUCUGGAGUUGCAGAAGAGGGUGAAGUCAUUACCGAAUCGCUUUGCUGAUGACCUGAAUGAUGUCAUUUGCAAACAUAUUGCCGCUGGUAUGGAGAGGUCAACGAUUUCUCUGAAAACCUGGUUCUCUGAGAAGGACGAGAGGGAAAUUGGACAGAUCAUCGAACACUUCCGAAAAGAAGCAAACACAAGACCGUCUGAUGCUAAGCCUUUGCGUGUCAAUGACCUAGAACUGGUAAGACUCGCAAAAAAUCUAGAUGCCUCGUUGGUAACGGAGCUCGGGUUGAAAUUAGGUAUGUCGGACGCCGAAAUCAAUAACCUUUGGGCCAUGUCAAGCAGAUCAAAGUUCGAGCAUAUACUGUUUAGUUGGAAAUCGAAGCACAAUCCGUGUAUGAACGACAUUCCUGUUUUGGCUGAAAUUCUGGAGUCAGUUGGUGCCAGUCGUCUUGCUUCGAAACUAAGGAAAGGGGAGCUGAGGGAAAGUGAGAAAGAGGAACAAAGAAGAACGUACCUUCAGCGGGUAUCUGCUCACUCUUCGAUGGUUAGCGCCAUGUUGUCCCUUAAACUAAAGCAUCCAAGUAAUCAAGUCCCGCCUUCAGGUGCAGGAAUCUCACAGUGCCACAAAUACGUGAACUACCCACCUGAGGACACCAAAGAAAAUAAAUUUGUACAACACACGUACGUCAACACUACAGGUUUGCAGGAUGAAGGGCGCCCUCCCCAAGGGCAAGGCACUGCUGAUUCUAGCACCAAGGAACCCGACUAUGAAAGCAUCAUCUUUCGCACUGAAGAUGCGAAGCCAACUGAGAAACAGGCAAAUAUAGCAGCUGAAGCGAAUCCUGAUUACGAAGUGAUUAAGGAUGCCAACGGAGGAGAGAUGCAAACUGCUCAAAAUGAAAAUGAUCAUACUUAUGUACAACUAAGAGAACCCGGAAUUCAGAAAGGCGGUGAGAGGAGGAUAUCUCAUAAGCGACUGGGAACAUCUGCGAUACCAGUUAUUGACAGAAUGGACUUUUCCAUUCUUGAAGACAUGUGGGACAGGCUAGAUGUUUUCGGCGUUACUAGGGAUGACACAAUGCACAUAGCAGGCUUGGUGAAGCUAGCACACGCUCUCGACCGUAUGAAUCAACGUGACAUUGCGGAUGCCGUAUGGAUAUCGCUAAUAAGGGAGAACAUGAAAAACGAAUACCUGCAUAAAUUUGUUACCGGAAGUAUAAAGGUUGUUCCACGGGUCAUCACGAAUAGACAAGACUUUGAAAUGGGACAAUUGACAACUCUUGAGGAGGUCGUUAAUCGGACAAAGGCUCUCGAGUAUCCCAGUCGCAUUUUCAUCGAGGCCAACGAACCACUUGACCGGCAAAUGGUGGCAGAGAAGCUCGGCUACGAUUGGGCCAUAGAGAAGGAUCCGCACAGUCCGUUGGGGAACGUUGAUUUGCUUUACGUCUUGAACGUUGCUGACAUCGCUCCUGGGUCAUCCGUUGGGGGCGCUGUAGCAUCUCAACGCGUAUGUAAGGAAUUCGAGCUGACUCAAGGUCGAAUUGAAGAUUAUUUCAAGAGCACCAUGACAGAAUAUGUCAUAGUCUUAAGGGGAGAUGAGAAUGACUUCCAGAAACUAUUAUCAGUCGCGCCGUUGGAUGAAAGUAAAUAUGGAUUCUCAGAUCUAAUUAAAGGAAAAUAUCUAAGCCACUGCAUUGUGAUAAUGACAAUUGGUCCACAAGCGCUCGCGGAAGGUCCUAAAAACUUCGCACAUUACAAACUUUUACAAACCCCAAACUCAGCAGCGUCAGAUUGCUAGAAAAUUAAAAGGUUUGUUCACAAACAAUGUGUCGUCGCCUGAAAUUAAUUCAGUGUCGUAUAAGGUAUGGUAUCUUUACUAUAACCAUGGACCUAACUAAUAUUCCAAGCUCCUGUAACGGCAAUAGAAUACUCUUAUGGGGGGCUUGUGCGAGAAAAGGUGAUUACUUAAAUACGCUUUUAUUGGCACAGUUGAUAGCAACGUCAUUACGAGUUUAUUCUUAAGCUGCCAUCCCCGUGUGUUUUGUUUUACAUUUAUUUAUUCGAUGAUAUAGAAAUAUAUAUCAUAUGAGUCGUUGGAAAGGGUGUUGAAUUGAUCCCUUCCCUAAGAUCAAAACCGUUCCAAUUUAUUGCAUGAAAUCACGAAAUUCUGCCAAAGGUAUAAAUAAUCCGUUAAUUUCUGUUCGAAUGUAUUCGAAAUAAUCGUUUUCUUAGAUGCAUGGUUUACCAUUCACCAAACUGAAUCAAGUAAAAUUGUAGUUGUAUCAUUGUGGUAAUGAUUAUUCUAUAGAAAAUUGAGCUUAGAAGGAUUCAAUAAUUGCUUUACUGAUGAUUAUAAUAAUAUUGCUAAUAAUAAGAAGAAUAAUUAUGGUUAUGGGAAAUGUUAAAAUAAAAUUAAACACCUAAAUUCUUGCCUAUUAUUUCAUUAUUUUUUAUCGUAGUUGCAUCAAUUGGUAAAUGUUUAUAUUAGUUUUGAUCUGUUUGUAUUUUUAUAUGUAUUGACCUCUAUGCUAACGUGGCUUUGUUUGAUCGUAAAAAACUGAUAUUCAUAAAUCAUUAUUUUGUGUCUUAGUCAAAACUUAUUCAUCUAGCAUGUUUUUAUUUUUUACUUCAUUAUUUUAGAGGCAUUAUGACAAUCAUACUUAUUAUGUAUAGUUAAAGAUUUUCUUUGGUGGGUUUAUGCUUGCCAUGCUUAUUGGAAACUAGACAAUUCGAAUACGAUCUGGGGCCCGUAACACAAAGAUUAACAAUGAUCGCAUAAUAUCUUUCUACGAUUGAUUCCACUGAAUACAAUGUACAAUUAGUCGCGAAAAUUGAGUGUACAAUUUAUCGCUAACCUUUGUUUUACGGGAACCUGGGGUUGUUUCACAAAGGUUUAAGUGUGACUUAGAGACGCACUUAUUAAAAUGCCGACGCGUAUAUGAUAUGCAACGCGCAAUCUUAUUGCACUCAACUAUGCAUUUAAGUGCAACUCUAAGUCAUACUUAAAUCUUUGUGAAGCACCCCCUGAUCAUAUAUUUAGGUUGGUGUUUCAUUGACUUAUUGUAAGUUACGAACGACUUUACUAACGACUGGCGAUCCUUUGUACAUUAACACCAAUCGUAAUAUGGGGAGCGUUUCAUGAAAGGACUUGUCAGACGUUUUAUCCAAGAAUGUGCUGUUUUAUCCAACAUUUUAUGGUAACACUCCCUCUCAGCCGAUCAUAAUGAAGGAAAGUUGUCAGACCUGACAACUUGUCGGACAGAAAUGUUGAUGAAAUGCUCUCCUAAUGUGUAUCAUUUACCCUUAAAGGGGUCACAGGCGUUAAUUAGCAGCUUUACGAAACACCUACCAGAAGACAAUUGAUCGAUUUAGAGUCGGUUGUUUGGUGUAAUAUUAAAGGCUAUUGCUUUAUGCCAUCUUCAGACUGGGGGACACAAGGAGUUUUCAUACAGCCACAAAAGGCGGAUUCAAGAACAAAGGAAAUGUAUUAUCAAAAGCCUUCGUGACAAAGAAUAUUCAAAAUGUCUUUGUCGAAAAUUGGUAAAUCAAACCAACAAUUUGGUCCUUGAUUCGAGACAAACAACCUGUUUGUUAUUUUCCGUCUGCUCCGGAAUAAGGACGAAACUGCUGUUCUCGUGGACAUUUUUCGACCAAGAUCUCUUAGCCGUUCUUUGUCAUUUGGCAUGUAUUGUCAAUCAAUUUACUGUGUAUAGUAAUCCACCGUACAUCACGAAGCUACAGAAUCUAGACCGACCAAAUACAGUGACUGUUGGAUAAAGAAUGACAUAAAAUAAUGUAUAUAAUCUAAACUUAA